AAUAACAUCUCAGACAGUUGUGUAACAGUAACACUGCCUGAUGAAGAAAAAGGAAGACGGCUUAAGGAGUGUCGUGUGGUUUGCUGUUUCUGGCUGAGUGAAGAGAUGACACCAGGCUCAGUGGGAUGUGAUGUGGUUGUCUGGUGUAAGAGAUGGAUACGUCGGAGGUUGCCUGUCUUGAUUUUCACCUUCUUCAUCAUCCUCUACGUGGAUUUCCAAUUACGCACCAACAGCCUUCCCAAAGUCAGCGUGGCUCACCAUCCAUCACCCGGUGCGCAACACCACUCCACCCAACAGACUCCAUCCCCGGCCAAAAACACACAGAACCCGGCUAACAACAGCAGAAGCGGCAAUGGGGGACACCCGGCGACACAUGUGACCCGGCCGAAACUGAAGCUGGAGGACAUCUUCAUCGCUGUGAAGACCACCGGGAGGUUCCAUAAGACGCGUCUUGCGCUCCUUUUGGAGACGUGGAUCUCCAGAACUAGAGCGCAUACAUUUAUUUUUACAGACACAGAGGAUGAGGACUUCCGUUCACAGGGUCAUAACAUGGUGGUAACAGGCUGUCAGUCAGAUCACAGCCAGCAGGCUCUGUCCUGCAAGAUGUCUGCUGAGUACGAUGGCUUUAUGGCCUCAGACAAGAGGUGGUUUUGUCACGUGGACGAUGAUAACUACGUCAACCCAGAGGCCCUCCUGUCCCUGCUCUCUGCCUUCCCCCAGGACAGCGACAUCUACGUGGGCAAACCGAGUCUGGACAAACCCAUCACUGCUCACGAACUGCUGGAGGGCAAUGCAACGAGGGAAGUGCGGUUCUGGUUCGCGACAGGAGGAGCAGGAUUCUGUCUGAGUCGGCGACUGGCGGAGAAGAUGGCUCCCUGGGCCAGUGGCUCCCGGUUCGAGCAGACAUCAGCAAAGAUCCGUCUCCCUGAUGACUGUACAGUGGGUUUCAUCGUGGAGAAGAGGCUCAGCAUCUCUAUGGUUCACUGUCCUUUAUUUCACUCCCACCUGGAAAACCUACUGCUCAUCAGCCACAGAAGCAUACCACACCAGGUAACUCUGAGCUAUGGGAUGUUUGAGAACAAGAUGAACAGCAUCGAGGUGAAAGGAAGUUUCUCUAAAGAGGAAGACCCCUCCAGGUUUAAGACUGUGCACUGCAUACUGUAUCCUUUCACCAGCUGGUGUCCUUGAACUCUUCAGAGAAGACAUGGGCCGAGGCUGGUAAUCCUGCUGGAUGGAGUUCUUUUCUUGGGUGUUGUCUGAAUGCAGAGAAAACUGAUGGAUUUCAUUUGAUGGAAUAAUUUGAGAUUCAGACACCAAACGUGACGCUUUGGACAACAGAGGAUUCAGCUGUAAAAAUCUGAUGUCCUUCAGUUUGCCUCUUGAAUCUGCAGUGAUCAGUGAUCAAAUGGACACUCGUACUCAGAAAAUAGGAUAUUAACAGGGUCUUUACUGUUAACUGGGAAAGGUUUUCUCUUCUUCGCCUCUAUGUUACAAAAAGACUGUUACAUGAAGAAAAUGUGGACUUUAUUUGUCUUUACUACUGAAUACUUCCAUAGAGAAGUCUAUCUGUGGGAGUGAAGCACUUAAGACAAGGCAGCACUUGUGCUUUUUAACAAUUGAACAUGAAAUUGUACAUAUUUCUAAAAUUUUAUGCAAAUUUCUGUUUACAUUUAUUUGAUUAAAUUUAGAUCCAUGAUCAUAAAACAAAUGUAUUGCACACAACAGAGCCUGAAUUAUAUUCAGGCAGAGUUGAGGUUUAAGUUGCAGAAUUUAUUUUAGUUCUCGUUGAUUUUGCGCGUGUGUGUGUGUCUGUGUGUGUUGUCAAAAAGGAGAUGAUGUCCUUUCUGCCUAUGAAGUCUGCGCACAAUGAACCAUUCUGACCCACCCCAUUUUCCCUCCUUAUCCAAACCUCCUGUUCUCCCUCCCUCCUUUUCUCACUUCCUCACUUCUUCCCUCCACCUCUCCAUCUGUCUCUUUUUCUCUCUCUCUCUUUCUCUUUACUCAGUCUUGCCUAGCCAUGCUGGCAUCUCCAAGACCAUGCUUGAAAGUAAAAUGAACUUCAACUCA